AUGCAUACCAACUUUGUACCUGCGUCCGGCAGCUCCUCGCCCCAACCCCAACGCCUUCCUGUUAACCCAAGACGGCACAAGGUCGCGCCCGAUCAGAGAAAACGUGUCCCUUGCCAACGAUGCCACAAAACUUCACGGGAAUGCGAGUAUCCAGCCCCCGAGUCAGACAAACUUUCGCUCAAGGACGAGCUAGAGCGCCUGCGAAGAAGAUGCGCAGCACUCGAGGCUGGCUUUCAAUCAGCAGCCCCAGAAGACGCAGCAGAACUCAUUACACAACUCGACCAUGGUCCAUCUGCAUCACGCCAGACUGCCCCUACCUUUCAAUCCGUGUCCAUGGAUCUGGACCAACCUGAUGCUAACGAUGGCCGCCUGCUUGUGGACCCUUGCGGCACUCAAAGAUUCCUGGGUGAGACUUCUGGGGCAACCUUUCUCGAUUAUCUGAAACAGUUCAUGCUUACCCUAGUGCCUUUGGCCUUCCAGCCGGAGUCGGCAGAUGGGUCUUCUUUUGUUGCGUCUAUAGGUCAUUACCAGACGUACGACUCAAGGCCGAUCCCAAACCCCAAUGUAGACCCCUUGUGGUUGCCCGAUUGGGCAGACAUGAGUACGAUGCUAGCAGAACUGCGCUCCUAUGUCCAAGACGGCAAGGACGGGUUCUUGUCUGGCGGCAUUUACUCCACAUCAAUCGGACAUCCUAUGUUCCGAAAAUCAGAUCAACAUACCGGUGAGGCCUACUUUAAGCGUGCACGCAAGCUUCUGGGUAACCCUCUGGACACUGUGCGCUUUACCCUGAGUGAUGUGCCAGUACUAACUCUUAUGGGCUUCUACUUGAUUGAACUCAACCGUAGAGAUGCGGCUUACGUAUAUGUCAGCCUGGCAAUCCACAUUGCCAUGAUUCAUGGCGCAUUCAGGUCCUGCAAAGAUGAAGAAAACAAGCGCGUCUUUUGGACACUGUACAUUCUGGACCGAUGGCUCGCUGUGCUUAUGGGACGCCCGCCGACCAUAGCCGACGAAGCGAUUCGGAUUCCUCUUCCAUGCGAUGAAGGCUCAAUGCCACCGUCUGUAGGCCUCCGUGCACAUGUCGAGCUAUCCCGCAUCGCCGGGUACAUUGUCUGCGAGACGUUCAAAAUUGCACCUCGUAACUUCAGACCUGGCUAUUCGGUCGCGAAUAUAGACAAGGCUCUCAAGAUGCUUGAAGAGUGGAAUUCGGAACUCCCGUCAGUGCUCGCGAGCGGAGAAGGCGCUGAUCCUGCCGUUCUUUGUCUACAUAUGGCAUCCAACCAGCUCAUUGUGCUAACGACACGCCCAAUCUUACUAGCAGCCGUCAAACAAGCUGUAGCCGAACGCUACAUUAACGGCCAAUGGUCAUUGCAAAAUCAUGUGCAUGGCAAGCAUAUCCACACUUGUAUAGAAGCAGCUCAUCAAAAUAUCUUACUAGCACAGCGACUAUGCGGAGUGAGAAAGCUACUCCAAGCUGGCUUGCAUUUUGUCUUCAAUGCUGGCGUUGCCCUGCUACUUGAACAAAUACUCAAAUACUCUGGUGGCCACAAGACACCAACUCCCAAUUUACAUACGCCUGAGAUUGAAUUUACAAUUCGCACAUUUGAGAACGAGUCAAGAACGGGGACAAACUAUCCCCGAGAUUGCUUCAAGGUUCUUCAAGAUCUCAAAGCAUUGGUGGACCGAUACCUGUCCCACGACCAUGGCAGGUUGGAGCCGGGAAGCUAUCCUCAUGGCGCCUCCAACAUUCCCGGUCCGCCUCGUGCGGCACCACAUGACGCUGGAAUACAGGGGACCACACCAGGCCUUGGUGAAAGCAACGGCUUGUACCAAGAGAUGAGGACGUGGAUGCAAAAUGACGGGCUACAAAUGCACCACAGCCUACCCAUGUGA